AUGCCUUCACAACCCAAUGACCUGCACCCUGCCAAUGACCCCUCACUCGAGGACUCCUCUGAUGAACAGGCUGAAAUGAUUCUGGUACCUGCAGACCAUCAAAGAACCACCAACCCCUCCGACAAUUCAGACAGUGAUGACAGCAAACCAAAUGAACCCCUACUUGAUCUUAAUGACAUCAACAAAAUGAAUAUCAACACCCUCCAGAACAUUGUCACCCAAUCCACCCUGUGCAAAUGA